CCAUGGCUGCAAAAACAGCCUAUGAUUAUCUGACUUUGUCAAGAUACUGUGGUCGGAAAGCAAUGGUUCGAGGAACCAAGCAACACCAGAGUAAGGGUGCGGGUCAGAAGUUCGGCCUUGAGCUUCCUGGUGGGAAGAAGUUGCUUACCCUCCGCACCGGGGCUUAGUGGGCGUUGAUAUAGGAGACAAGCUAAGGAUUCUCUCUAAUACGUGUAUUUUAUUUCAUAUUUCACCAGCCGUUUUCUUGGCAAGGAAAAUCAACACUAUGGUCAGGAAAAGACCAACAAUGAGC